UCCCUGGAGCGAAUUUGAUGCAGAACGUCCUUCCGAGUCGACCAUCGCUUAUUCGAUUGACAAAACAGGCUCUGUUCUUUCUUCUUCCAAGUUUCGUGCAGAGCAGUCUACGGCCUUCGGUGCAUACAGAGUCCGGAAAACCACUUCACUCAACAGCAUGGCUAGACGGUAUGCGUGGUUUGGCCGCUCUCUUUGUCUUUGUGCAGCAUCUUUCGUACCCAGUACACGACGUCUUUUCGGCCUGGACGCCCGAACCCGGUUACAACCAUUUCCUGCGACUACCUUUUGUUCGCUUCUUCUAUGACGGUGCCUUUAUGGUGGCGAUUUUCUUUGUGCUUUCCGGUUUCGCACUUUCCUACAAGCCUGUCAGACAGAUGCGCAAUGGAGAGAUAGACGCCUUGGUACAGACACUAUCGUCUUCUGUCUUUCGGCGGGCCGUUCGUCUUUACCUGCCGUGUGUCGCAUCUACUCUGUUGAUCGUGUUGUUCCUUCGCAUCGGACUCUACGAAUGGACCAGAGAAAUCGCUUAUGAUCCUAUGCGUCUACCUGCAGAUCGAGAACCUCAUCCUGAGCGCACCAACACGACAGGCGAGCAAGUCUCCCAUUGGGCUCGCAUAAUCUUAGCCUUUGUCAAUCCAUUCACAUCUAGGCGCAUCGAGUUGUGGCGAUUGGAUGGUCAUCUGUGGACGAUCCCCAUAGAAUAUCCACACUCACUUGUGCAUUUGACAAGACCCGUUCGCUGGAGCUUAAAUGCCUCUCUCAGAUCAACUNCCAUCGUUCUAUAUGUCACGCAACUUGGACUCUGUCGGGUUUCGGCCAGGGUACGAAUGCUCUGCCUACUGUGCCUGAUUCUUUGUGCGCACCAGGUAGCGCAUUGGUCAAUCAUGUUAUUCUAUGGCGGGUUUCUCCUGGCGGAGCUUGAAAUCCGUCGGACUGAGCGAGCGACUGCAAAGAGCCCAAUAGGUAAAGACGUCUGGUCUUUGCUCUACAUUUUGGCGUUCCUGUUUGCGUUGUAUCUGGGCGCCCAACCGGAAAGACGAAUGGAACAGGCACCUGGUUGGGCAACCCUUAUCUCGUGGAUACCGGCUCAAUUCGAGGACAAAGCGCGGUAUUGGACGACAUGGGGUGCACUUUUACUUGUCUGGUCGACAUCGAGCUCUCUGCUUCUACAGCGCAUCUUUACUAAUCGGGUGCCGCAGUACCUAGGCAAGAUAUCUUUCUCAAUGUAUCUACUUCAUGGGAACAUCAUCCACACCUUGGGAUACGGUUUAUUCGAUUUAUUCUGGAGGUUUACAGGAACAGCUACAUCUCUCCGAAGAGAAGCUGGCUUCGUGUUUGCAGCAUUUUGCGUGCUCGCUGCUACUAUAUGGUUAGCAGACAUCUUCGCGCGAUUGGUGGAUGUUCCAGCAGUAAAACUUGCCAAAUGGCUUGAGGAAAGAUGUACAGCAGAGCUGCCGAUAGAAGAAAAACCUGCGUGGCAUGGAACAAGAAGACUGACC